CUCGAAGCCGUACUGGAACAGCGCUUACUGUUAUGUAACUGUAAUAACAAUAACAAUAACGCCCUGGAGCUGAAUGUGUGAACGAUCGCUCGGGAGCGAAAAGGAAGGGAGCGGGUCGCAGUUGCUGCGCUACUUGAGAAACGCGAAGAUGUUUGUGCCUGUGCUCGCAGGGAGUGUGUAACAAUGACCGCACUGGUGCAGAAACGCACACACACGUGAGAAAGGGAGUGUGUGACAAUGGACACACAGCUGAUGUCCCGUAUCCCCGUGCCCGCAGCUCAAGGGAAGCCUGUCCUGCGUCAAGGGGGACCUGUUCACGUGCCCGCCCCACGAGGCGUUGGCGCAUUGCAUCAGCGAGGACUGCCGCAUGGGCGCCGGGAUUGCCGUGGAGUUCAAGAAGCGCUUCGGUGGCGUGGAGGAGCUGAAGGCACAGAAGAAGAGGACUGGCGAGUGUGCGGUGCUGAAGCGGGACUCUCGCGUCGUGUACUACCUGGUGACCAAGAGGAAAGCAAGCCAGAAGCCCACCUACGACAGCCUGAGGAGGAGCCUGGAGGCCAUGAGGGUUCACUGCAUACAGAAUGGUGUCACCAGCAUUUCCAUGCCACGGAUCGGAUGUGGUCUCGAUCGCCUUGAUUGGCGCCAGGUGUCCGUCAUGGUCGAGGAAGUGUUCCGUGAUACCGGCGUAUCCAUCACAGUGUACGCUCCGUGAGAGCCGGGGCUGCUUGAGCACUCAUUCCAGGACACGGGCCUUGUGGGAGCAGCACCUAGUGCUGCCACACACACACACACACACACACACACACACACACACACACACAGAGAGAGAGAGAGACCAUCCCUCCUGGGCUGUCAUCAGCCUUACGCAGCCCUACAGACACAUACAUCCAUAGUUCCAUGUGAGUUCUGCUGCAUUCACAUGUGCACUAGCACUUAAGUUUCACAGGAGAUGUGUGACCUUUGACAUGUUUGAGAAGUUUUGUAUCAGCACUCGGACUUUACAGUUUUUGUUCUGUAGACUGCACCCCUUUUGACAGGUAAUUGCGUGAUGACUUGUGUGGAGUGAGCUGAGCUCUCGCUGCUGUGAAGAACACCAUGCAGCAGUACUCUGAAACCCUAUUUCGGUGGCUCUUUACUGUAAAAAUGCCACCAGCUGCCCUGCUUUUGUCUGCUUAUCUGUUACUCUUGGGGUUCUGUUCCUGUUCUUUGAUAAAGGACUCUGAAUUUUGGUUAUAUUCUGUGUCUGUGUGUGUCUCUAAGUUAAUAGUGUCCAUUUACAGGCUGAAAGGGGGGGACAGCUGGCUGUCUCAACCCUGGGACCAGCACUCACCUGCUGCAUCUGAAGUCAUGGGGCCUUUUGGGAAGGGGGUGGAAGGCUAUGGAACUCAGAAGACUGAUCUACUGUGUCACAAAUACCAGUUAAAAUGCAGAG